AUGUCACAUCAACCAUCAUCCACUGUUCGCGUUGCUGUCACUCAAUUCGAGCCAGCAUGGCUUGACUUGCCAAAGGCUGUCGAGAAGACCUGCCGUUUGAUCCGCGAGGCAGCAGAGAACGGCGCAAAGCUUGUGUCGUUCCCCGAAUACUCAAAUGAGAUGCGUCGCAUCUGUCAGAGUGCUGCAGAUCACCAUAUCGCCGUUGUGCUUGGGUUCAGCGAGAACUUCAAAGGCUCGCUUUACAUCUCACAAGCUAUCAUCAAUGCCGAGGGAAGUAUCGAAGUCCUGCGUCGGAAGCUGAAAGCGACGCACAUGGAGAGGACGAUAUUUGGAGAUGCAUCGGGCUCUGCUCUCCAGAAUGUCGUGGAGCUGCCGGACGUUGGACGCGUUGGUACCCUGGCUUGCUGGGAGCAUACGCAGCCAUUACUCAAAUACCACACUUACCAUCAGAGAGAAACCAUACAUGUUGCUGCGUGGCCGCCGCUGUACGAUCACGAUGGCGGUCCAGGCUUGUAUUCCAUGAGCAAAGAAGCCUCUGGCGUCACCAUGAAUACCCCUGGUGGAGGUAGCUCAGCUAUCUUUGGCCCAGAUGGGCGCCUGGUGGCUGAAGGCCCUCCAGAGACAGAAGAGGGGUUCGUUUACGCAGAACUGCAGCUGGAUGAUAUUCUGAAGGCAAAAGGGUUCUUGGACGUUUGUGGACAUUACAGCCGACCUGAUCUACUGUGGCUGGGUGUUGAUAAGAAGGAGAAGACGCAUGUAGCUCUAGAGACAUAA